GUACACAACCAGCUUGCCCCAGCAGAGCUGCAGCAGGGCCUGCCACAGGGCGUUCCACCACAGGGCGUUCCUCAGCAAGGCAUUCCUCUGCAGGGCAUGCCACAGCAGGGCGUGCUUCAGCAGAACACCUACAUACCUCCGGGGACUGCAGGGCAGCCCCCGCCGACUCAGAUGUACUACCAGCAGCCACCGCAGGGUGUGGGUGCACCUGUUCAGCCUCUGCAGCCGGGCACGCCGCAGCAAUUUGCGCCGCAGAUGGUGCCAGCGCAGGUGGUGCAGCAGCAGCAGCAGCCACACGCAGCAACAACAGCCUACACCGGCACCGGGCUCCAGACCCAGGCUACUGUGGUUACCCACACAGCCCCCGACAUCACCACGACGUCGUCUGCAGGAACAACUACUGUGGCG